UAGGGCGGCCGCCCAGUCGCGGCUCUAUCGGCCGCCGGCGCGAACACGCUUCCAACGCGCGAUCGAUACCUUUAAACCCCUACACCUUCAAAUUAAUACAAAAAACAACAUUACAAUAACAGUGAUAAUUAACACAUGUUAACCUAAAGUGAGUUGGUUUUAUUUGCGAUGCUGAAACUAAUAUCGACGGCUACUGUAUAACACCUGAUCGUCAUUUCCUUACCAGCGUUAAACGGGUUCAAAUGUGAAAAUGUUAAAAUAAAGUGUUGUGUGUAAAUGUGCGAGAGGUGAUUUCUAGUAGAUAUGACGUCGCUCAAGCAUGGCGUCAACCUGAGCCGGAGGGCUUGCAGGCGAGCGUUUGGUCUCUUCAUAGCUGCUGCUUUUUUGACUGUCGCCAACACAAAUCCUAUUGAAAGUACGACAAAAUCCAGUCCGUCCAUUGCAGUAGAUGGGAUCUCAACGUAUCCGGGGCUUGGCUUUGGGCCCAUGGGUCCUGUGGCCCCAUUACCCGGAGAGCCGCCGGGGACCCAGUUGCGCCAGAAGCAAGAAAUCACCACAGCUACCCCAUCAACAGAAGAGCCGAAGAAGGAAAGAACACUUGUAAUAGCAGCGUUUGAGUUUCAUCGUGUAGAAACACCAUUCUUGAUUGGAUUAUGGAUUUUCUUUGCGAGUAUUGCCAAAAUAGGAUUCCACAUGGCUCCUAAACUAUCAAAAAUGUUCCCGGAAUCCUGUCUCCUUAUAUUCGUGGGGGUGCUAAUUGGGGCCCUGCUGCUAAGCACUCAUAGUGUCCACGUACAGCCACUCACACCAGACACAUUCUUUCUCUACAUGCUCCCACCAAUAAUCCUGGACGCUGGCUACUUUAUGCCCAAUAGGUUAUUCUUCGACCACUUGGGUACAAUACUUCUGUUCGCCGUUGUUGGAACAGUGUUCAAUACAUUGACUAUUGGUCUAUCCCUCUGGGCGUGUGGACAAACAGGCAUGUUUGCAUUCCAAACCCCGCUAUUGGACAUGUUACUGUUCGGAGCUUUAAUAUCGGCUGUGGACCCGGUCGCCGUGUUGGCUGUGUUCGAAGAAAUUCAUGUAGACGAAAUCUUGUAUAUAGUAGUGUUUGGAGAAUCCCUUUUGAACGACGCAGUAACCGUCGUUUUAUAUCACAUGUUCGAGGCUUAUACUGAAAUGGGACCAUCAAAAUUGAUGUAUACAGACUUUCUCGCCGGUUUCGGGUCAUUUAUAGUAGUUGCCUUCGGUGGGACAUGUAUUGGGGUGGUGUGGGGUUUUGCAACUGGCCUCGUAACACGCUUCACCAAUGAAGUUAGAGUUAUUGAACCAAUUUUCAUCUUUGUAAUGGCGUAUCUAGCGUAUUUAAACGCUGAAAUGUUUCAUAUGAGCGGGAUACUUGCAAUCACAUUUUGCGGGAUCACAAUGAAGAAUUAUGUCGAAGGAAAUAUAUCGCACAAAUCUCACACAACAAUUAAAUAUACGAUGAAAAUGUUGUCAUCAUCAUCGGAAACUAUUAUUUUUAUGUUCCUCGGGGUUGCCACUGUCAAUAAUAAUCAUGUUUGGAACACUUGGUUUGUUCUAUUGACCAUAGUUUUCUGUUCCGUGUUUCGUAUUAUAGGAGUGUAUAUAUUAAGCGCCGUAGCAAAUAAGUUUAGAUUGCACAAAUUAAAAACUGUUGAAAAGUUCGUCAUGUCUUACGGAGGUUUAAGGGGUGCGGUGGCAUUUGCAUUGGUGCUAUUAAUAGACCCAAAAGUGGUGAAACUGCAACCCAUGUUUGUGACGACCACUAUAGCGGUUAUCUAUUUCACUGUCUUCAUACAAGGCAUCACGAUUAAACCAUUGGUGAAGAUACUCAACGUGAAAACUGUGGAGAAACGCAAACCGACAAUGAACGAGAGGAUUCAUGAAAGGUUUAUGGAUCACCUCAUGGCAGGCAUUGAAGAUAUUUUAGGAAAACAUGGCAAUCACCAUAUACGUGAUAAGUUCAAGAGGUUCGAUAAUCGGUUUAUAAGGCCAUUUUUACUACGUAAUUAUCAGGGUGCCGAGCCAAAGAUUCUAGAGACAUAUUCCAAGUUGGCCAUGAGAGAUGCCAUAGAGUACAUGCAGAGAAACGCCUCAACCAUUGGAAACAUCUCCGGCGCUGAGUCAAUGUCGGCUAUAUUUAAGAAUUAUACUAAUGCCAAUUUAAAUGGAAGUCCAAGUUUCAGUCAAUUAGAUUCGUCUACGUGGAACAUAGACAUGCAGGAAUUGGAAUAUAAUCCGUCCAAAAAGGAUCUGACCGAUGCCAGAAUUCACCACCUACUCGCUGAAGAGUUGUGUAAACCUUAUAGACGGCAUCGUCGUUUGAGCUACAGCCGUCACGCUGUGAACGACCGCGAUUUGGGCAUGCAAGUGAAUUACAAAACGCACAUGAAUAUACGUCGAUUAGUCGGUGACAGAAAACAUCACCACAAGCGCAGUAAGCGUGGGAAACAGGUAAGGGAUGGCAAAAAUGUCUCCUUCCCUGAAUUCCAGCAAAAUGGUUCGGCCAAACAGUUCACGCACGGUAAAAAAAAGUAUUAUAGAUUAGAUUAUAUUGAUGAAGUGUUGCAAGAAGAUGAUGAGACUCCACGGCGAGAUGAUGAUGGUGGUAUAACCUUCACUGCCAAAUCUCCACCUGGAUUUAAAGAAGUCAGUCCCACGUCCUCUCAUAAGGAAAAUAGUAGUUCUCUCCUGAACCAAUUAGCAAAUUUGCCCGGAUUUAACCCUUUGAAGGCAAGGAUCGUUAAACAAUACGUUAAGACCCCAGAGGAAAUUCUACCGACGGCUGUUGAAAAGUCAUUACCAUGGAGAAGAGACCGAUCUACUUACAACUUUGUACCUAACGAAGAUAUACUUGAAGAAGAUGAAAGGAGAAUGUCGGAUGACACCGAUACAUACAUGGCUGUGAUCGAACAAGCGAGAGUGGCUACCCCAACAGCAACGGAAACCAUGUUGCCAUGGAAACGAGAUGACACAGAGGGUAGCGGCGCCCUUAAACAAUCCGAAUUCCCCUCUUGGGCCUCUAAUAAAGAGUAUCUGGCUUACAGUUCACCCUCGGCUACAUUUUUGGGUGGAAUAGAGAAGCCAAAACAUCCAAAAUCUAUCAUAGGUCUAUUCCGAAGAGAGAGUUGUAGCUCGACCCAGGGUGGAGGGGAGACACUUUUGUCAGAUUCAGAGGGAAAAGCUGAUUCUCUCAAGGGCGAUAGUUCGUCUUCAAAGGGUGAACCUUCAUCGGCGAGGCAUGCACCCAGCAUGCUGUCAAAAAGAAGUACAAGCCUUGGUGGACCAAGUGUGUUGUUAAUGGAGGAUGUGUCUCAUUCAGACCCAUUAGGGGCGUCAUCCAGACCUGCAAAUAUACUGCAAGGUCCACAUCGGGGACAAUGUAGAAGAGGAUCUAUGUUGGAGCUUACUGGAUCCCUAUCAAGAGAUGCCAUCACCGAAGAGAAAUGUAGCAAGUCCUUACCCGAGAGUGAGCGAAUGGGUAUCCGCCGCCUGGCUUUAGGCCAGCAAACCCUACCACGCGAUUCUUUCAGCCGGCAGCAUACCCUCACCUCAAACCUAACCAGCUCAUCAUCAGACGACUCUUCCGAUGAGAACACCUGAGUAUCAAGACGUGGUGACCAAGAUAGGUUACCACUACUUAAAUAUAGGACUUUGGAAUAAAGAAUUGCAUUUGCAUUUACCACGCUAGACUAGCAUUACAUUGCGCAGACGCAAUUAUUAAAUUUUAGACUUAAUAGCACGUUCAAUGAUAGAAGAUUGAAAAAAAUUUUUAUAGCAAUUUAUUUAUUUUACAGGCUUAGUAAAAAAAAUAUGGUUUCUCUGCGAAAUUAUGAACUGCAUUACAGCAACCGGUCCAUGCUGGUUUCUUAAGAAAGAGAACUUAAACUAUAUAUAUUUAAUUAUUAAUAGUUUUUUUAGCUAGAACCGGAACGUUUAAUCUUAUAUUAUUAAACCUAGUAAUGUUGAGCAUUAAGAAAAAAAUAUAGUAAUGUAGCUAAUGUAAUUUGUCCUGUAAAUAUGUUAUUGCUUAGAAACAUAUUUUAUCGUAGUUACCGAAAACUGUUAAAAAUUAUUUACAAGUUACAGAACUAUGUGAUAUUAUUACAAUCUGUCGGGUUUUUGAAGGCAAAAUUUCUUUUCCAAGCUUAGUUUUCAAGUGAAUCAACAGUAUUUUUCUAUAACUCUUUGUAAUGUGCGUUGACUAAAGAAUAGGUGAAGUAGACAAUUUAGGUAGUAUGUUAAAUUAUUGUAAUUAAAGGGACUUGCCAAUGACAAUACACAAUUAGAUUAAUUAUUGUAAUCUUUAUUUAACUUAUCUUAGAAAGGAGUGCUUAACUGUUAAUUUGUUUGGGCGGUAAAGUUUUACCAGAAACAGAAGACAAGUUCUAGCUCAUAGAUAAUGUUUGAAUUUCGGAAAAACGCGCGCGGUACAAGGGAAAGGUAUAUAAUCUGUGUAACUACAAGUCGUCGGAAAUAUCUGCGAACCUGGCUUAAUGACGUCAUACAAACUGGAGAGAUAGCAAAAAAAUUGAAGAUGUAAAAAUAAAAAAUAUUUUAUUUGUGUA